AAAUCAGAAGCAGGGAGGUUGCAGGCAAGAUACCUACAAUAUCAGUUCAAUUAAGAACAUAUUUAGCACUAUCAAACACCAAUAUACACCAUGAAGUGGUUGUUAUUGGUUGGUUUCGGACUUCUUAUGUUGAAUGAAUGUAGGGCGGAUCUUAAUGGGAAAUAUCUACCUUCCGGCACAUGUGUCUGUUCAACAGCCAGACUUGGUCUAAAUGUACGAUCUAAUGGUGGUCUCAGAUACACCGUUAUCGGAUCUCUAUCCAAUGGACAAUGCGUAAAAAACACUGGACAGAGACAAUGGAGGGAUGGCUAUGUUUGGUAUUCUAUCGCAUACAAUGGAAGGACGGGUUGGGUAGCAGGGAAGUACCUCAACCAAGCUGCAACCAGUCGAUGCGGUGGAGGUGGGAGUGCCGGUGGUGGCGGGCGAGGUUGCUCUGCGAUUAUAUCAAGGGCAGGUUGGGGAGCACGGCCAGCAAGGGGCAGGUCUUCAAUUCGAACUCCAGUCAAUAUGGUAUUCAUCCAUCAUACAACAGGAAGUUUCUGUAACUCGAAGUCUUCAUGUUCACGUUUGGCGAGGGGGCAUCAGAAUUAUCACAUGGACCGAAAUAGAUGGUCCGAUAUUGGCUACAAUUUCUUGGUUGGCGAGGAUGGUAACGCAUACGAAGGUCGUGGGUUCAGCACCGAAGGUGCACACACAUACGGAUAUAACCGAAACGCCAUCGCGAUCUCAUUCAUAGGCAACUUUGAAUAUAGGAAUGCAAAUGCUGCUGCCCAGAGAGCUGCAAAGGACGUCAUUGCAUGUGGAAUAUCCAGAGGUUACAUAAGCCCGAAUUACGAACUGUUUGGUCACAGAGAUGCUAGUUGCACGGCAUGUCCAGGGAAAUACCUGUAUUCAAGCAUACAGAGUUGGCCAAGAUUCAGCAGAAGGAGACUAAAGAAAUAUUGCUGA